GUCGUGUGCCCCUUUUGCUAUGGCUAAGAACUCCAACUUACUUCGGUUUUGAAAAAAGGUAUUACGUUCUCAAACAGGAUUUGAACCACUCUAACUGCUUAACAAACUAUAAAGUCUAUUUGGGAAGUUGCAUUACUAACUAAUCUUGUCGCUGAUGAUAAUAUUAUGACUACAAAAAGAAGACAAGCUACUGUAAAUAGAGAUUAUACCCCCUCUAAUACUGAUGAUCUUAUGAUAAUAAAGCCGCUUGGUGCCGGACAAGAAGUUGGCCGGUCGUGCCAUAUUUUAUCUUAUAAAAAAAAGACCAUCAUGUUAGACUGUGGAAUCCACCCUGGUUUAACUGGUUUUGCCGCUCUACCGUUCUUUGAUGCUUGUGAUCCCGCUGAAAUUGAUCUUCUUUUGAUCAGCCACUUUCAUCUGGACCAUAUAGCUUCUCUCCCUUAUUUUAUGGAAAAGACAAAUUUCAAAGGAAGAGUGUUUAUGACGCACCCUACUAAAGCAAUUUUUAAGUCCCUUCUGAGUGAUUUUGUAAAACUAAGUAAAAUUUCUACGGAAGAUAUGCUUUUUGAUGAACAUGACUUGGACAAUUGCAUGGAAAGAAUUGAAACAAUGAAUUUUCACCAACAAAUUGAAGUCAACGGAAUCAAGUUUAUUCCUUUUAAUGCUGGACAUGUUUUAGGAGCUGCCUUGUUAGAAAUUGAAAUCGCUGGAGUGCGGAUCCUUUAUACUGGAGACUACAGUCGGGAGGAUGACAGGCACCUCAUGGCUGCUGAAAUCCCGCCCUGCAGGCCGGACGUACUCAUCAUCGAAUCCACUUACGGCACAGAAGUGCACGAGCCCUCGGAAGAGCGAGAGCAUCGUUUUACUUCCACUGUCGAUGAAAUCGUGUCUCGUGGCGGGCGCUGCCUGAUUCCUGUUCUUGCGCUCGGCCGGGCACAGGAGCUUCUUCUGAUAAUUGACGAGUACUGGGAGGUGAAUCCCCGCCUCCAAUCCAUCCCGAUCUAUUACGCGUCUUCUCUAGCCAAUCAGUGCAUGAGCGUGUACCAAACUUACAUUCACAUGAUGAACAGAAGAAUUCAAGAGCAAUUUUCCGUUUCUGAAGAAAACCCGUUUUAUUUCAAACAUAUCAAAAGUUUGAAAAGUCUCCAGCAUUUCAACGAUAGCGGUCCCGCGGUCUUCUUUGCCAGCCCUGGCAUGCUUCAGAGCGGUACAUCGCGCAAGUUGUUUGAUCGUUGGUGUUCGAACCCGAAGAACGGCUGUGUUAUCUGCGGCUACUGCGUGGAAGGGACACUGGCCAAAAAACUUAUCCAAGUCGGUAAUGUCACCGAAAUAACAACUUUUGAGGAAGGAAUGAAGAAGCCGUUGAAGAUGAGUAUAACGGAAAUCUCGUUUUCUGCACAUGCAGACUACGUGCAAACCAGCACAUUCAUCGAGGCCCUGCUCCCGCCUCACAUCGUUCUUGUGCACGGGGAAGCGAGCAUGAUGGCUAAACUCCGCGCGGCUUUAGAAAAGACCUAUGGCGACCGCGAAGACGUUUCAACCACCAUUUACACGCCAAGAAACACAGAAGCCGUCGAGUUAUAUUUCAGAGGCGAAAAGAAAGUGAAGGUUCUGGGGACGCUUGCUCAGUUCGAACCGAGCAAUGAUACCAAUGUUAGCGGAAUUUUGGUAAAAAAGAAGUUUAAUUAUCUACUACUCGACUCUGAAGACUUGGCGGAGUAUGCUGGGCUUCCUGUGACGACCAUCACGCAACGGCAAGUUGUCGAAUACCACUUUCCCUUUUCUGUGCUAAAGAUCUACCUCGCCGCAAUGUUCACUGACUUAAAGUUUAAUAUUGUGAGCGACGACGCAAGAGAGUCUAUACAGGUCUUUGACGCAGUCACCAUUAUAAAAGAGAGCGAGUCUAUGUUAGCACUGGAGUGGCCUGCGAAUACCGUUAACGAUAUGAUAGCGGACGCCGUCGUUGCUUCCAUAAUACAGAUUGAGUUAAAUCCUUCCACAGCUAAAAUGAUUGGUAGCAGUUGCAGCCAUACACAUCGUGCUGUUCCCUCCAAAACACAGGCCCCUCUUCUUCACAGCACGUGCGUAGUUGAGAGUGACGAUGCCCGCCGGGAUAAAGAAAGACUGCGGCGGUCUCUCUUGCUGCUUCUCGAAAGUCAGUACGAGUGUGUCUCAGUGGGAAAGAAAGAAGGUACUGCCGCGGACGUCAUACAUGUGGACACAGGAACUGCAAAAGCAGUAGUAUUCCUUGAAACUUUGGAUGUUGAAUGCGAUGAUCAAAACUUGGCGAGGCUCAUUAAAAACCUCUGCACUAACGUAGUGACUAGUGUAAAUCUAUUGUAACUGUGAUGACUAAAACGCGGAAGAAAGCGU